UCUUCGUAGUCGCUCCGCGCCGCGCUGUCCCACGUUCCUUACGAAGAUUACACAUUUUUCGGGGUUCCUUGCCGUACAUUAUACAAAUAAUCCGUUACCUGUUUUCAGUUGUGCGCUGUGUGACGUAAAUAAUCCCGGAAUGAAGGACAGUAAAGUUAUAGUACAAUUAAAUUAGGUGUUUGUGUUUGUGUGAAGUAAUUUGGAAAUAUGUUAUGGAUGAAUGGAAGAUUAACAAGCAGUGUCAUGAUUUGGAGCAAUAUGCGACAUGCAAAUAAUUUUCAGUAUCAUAUUUUACUGAAUCCGGCAUAAAACUGACCUGAGUGGAAAAUUUUAAGAUGGCCUUGUCGCUAAAAAUAUUUUUAUUCAUCGCUAUUAUUUCGAUGGUUAAUGUAACAAAUACUGUUUCAACCUUUUUGGAACCAUGGGAAUGUUCUGAUAAAUACACGUCGUGCGACAAGUGUUCUUUUACCAUAACUUUAACGGAGACAGCAGUAGGGCACAAUCAUGUAUUAGUUUGUUGCACUGGAACAGGAGAACAAGAUUGGAUUCAAAAGCUCACGAAUAAAACCUACGUAGAAGUAGAUAUACACCUUGAUCUUAUUAUGUGCAAUGUGAGCAACAUUGAUUUCAUGGUACCUAAAUUUGAUACGUUUUCGAUAGCUAUAAGAAAUAACAAUAUAGCAAAUAUAAAUUUAGACAUGGAAAAUAAAAAUUUACAAAGUAUUGAUAUGUCUUCAAAUACAUUAAAAUUUAUUACCAAAGGCUUGUUUAAUAAAUUUUCAAACCUUCGAAAAUUAAUAUUGAGUCAAAACAGUAUCAUUGAUAUAUUUGAUGGGAGUUUUGAUGGGCUAUCGAAAUUGGAAUCUCUGGACCUAUCUGAAAACAAAUUAACGAUAUUAACAAAUGUUUUUACGGCACUGAAAAAUCUCCAACAUUUAAAUUUAAGUAGGAACAACAUUGAAUUUAUUCACGAAAAUUAUUUCAACAACUGGUUGCUGCAACAUUUGGAUGUUUCACACAACAAUUUAAAAAAAGUGGCACCAGGAGCUCUACAGCUUUUGCCAAACUUAGCACGACUUUUGCUGACAGAUAAUCCGCAUUUAGGCAUUACGCAACUAGACACACAACUAUUGGUUGGCACUGGCCGUAGAUUGCAGCAAAUAGAUGCGUCAAGGAUCGGCCUGUACCAGGUUCCAGAAGCGUUUACACACUCUGUUCGUUUCCUGUCGCUAGUCGGAAAUAGAAUAUCCGCAGUGAGAUGUGGAGAUCUUGAUAGCUACCCGUUACUACAAUCGCUUGAUUUUUCGAAUAAUAAAAUAAUGUUAAUCGAAGAUGAUUCACUUGGUCGUUUGGAAAUGCUAUUAUUUUUGAAUUUAAAUAAAAACUUAUUAACGGCCAUACCAAGAUCAUUGCCGGAUGAACUGAAAUAUUUUUCUUUGAACAAUAACUUGGUAAAGAAUCUUUCCAUUCCUGAUUUCAAAGGGUUACCAAACUUGCGCAUAGUUCUGUUACAAAAUAAUAACAUCAAAUUAAUUGAAGAUCAUGUUUUUGAUGAUCUGUUGUCUCUCGAAAUCUUGGACAUUUCUAAUAACCCAAUACAAACAUUAUCGUCGAGUUCAUUUGACGGCCCCCUAUCUCUAAGGGAUUUAAGACUAUGCUAUUUAAAUCUAUCUUUACCGGUACAAGAUGGCACUUUUCCGAUUUCUUCCCCAGAAAAUGUACAGAUGCUUCAUUUACAGUCUAGUCCAGGAUUAGCUAAACUUUUCCUGGCAGAUUCAGCCGCCUUAGCCGCAUUUUCACAUUUACAAUAUUUAGACUUAAGAAUGAAUGAUUUGCCAGAAAUCAGAAAGGAUUUAUUGUUUUAUUUAAGCCAAUUGAAAACUUUAAGAUUGCACGGUAAUAAAAUAAAUUGCAAUACUGAAUUAUGGCUCAAAGAUUGGAUGAAUUGGAAUAAUACUUUGGCUGCAGAAGAGACAUGCUACUACUCAAGUACGGAAGCGAAAACUGAAGUAACAAAGUUCAACUGCACAUUCCCUGAAACAUUCACAAUCAGCGAUAGCUUACCGCCAGUUAAUUUAUAUAGCACUGAAAUGAUUAACAAGCUAUUAAGAUAUUAUGGAUAUUUAAACAAUAAAACUGAAAGAACUAAUAAACGUGGAAACCAUCGACAUAAAGAGAAUGGCAAACAAGUUUUUGACAAUCAGAUAAACAAUAUUCCGAACACAAUUGAAACUACUAAAGAUUUAACUAGCUCCGAAAAUCUUUUUAAUAAAUCUCAAGAUGAAAACUUACAGCUGAUCCAAUAUUCGAAACACGAAUCAUAUAAAUCGAAAAGUAUCUUCAGGAAAAAAGAUGAUUCCAUGGAGAUAUCCAAAAAAGGUGGAUUGAGUAAAAGUUUAAAUACUGCAAUUAAUGUAUCUAAGAAGAUUUUUGUUAAUAGUUCUCAAAUAAACAUAACCAAGAAAAAUGGAAUUUCUAAAAUGGUUGGUUCUAAAAUUGGAGAUAGGGUUUUGAACGAAAGUACAUCAAGUCAAAACCUGAAGACGGAAUACUCACCAUACCAACUUAAUCACCAUCAAUACGCUCAAUAUAUUGGCAUGUCCGCAGUAUUCACCUUGAUAAUAAUAGCUGUAAUUAUAUGGGCGAGUUUUCGAUUUAGGCAGAGACGGCGAGUUCCAGUCGUCAGCCCACAAAACGACGACCAAAUAGAAGUAUCAAACAUUUCCGGCAGAGUGCUGUGGUGACAUUUACGAGCAGUCGACCCGACACCUUUCGAAUAUGAUUCUCUUCUGACGUAGCAUUAAUUUCGAAACGGGCGACUGCGAGUAAUAUAGCUACGUUUGUGAUAGACGUGGUAAAUAUUUUUCUAACAAAUAAGUACGAGUACAAAUAGAAAGGUCAGCCGAGAAAAAAAUGUUCAGCUGAGUACUUUGUAAAUAUUAAAAACAUAUUUGUUCAAUCAUAUAGGGAUUUAUUUUUGUGUAAAAUCUUGGUAGAGUUGUUACGAUAGAUUUAUUUAGUGUGCAUAUUAUGUACAUAAGUUGAAAUACGACGCUUUGGUGUACAAAAAUGCUUCAAAAAUGAACGAUGUAAUAAGUUCAGUAAUUAGCGUGUUAGUUAACACGGAAAAUUGAUCUACCAUAUAUGUAUUGUAUGCAUCAAUUAAUGAUUUCACAAAUACAAACGAGUGAUAUUGUUGACUAACGCAAUAUGCAAUGUGAAUGUGUAAAAACUUUACUAAAAAGUCAUGUCUUCCCUAAUUAUCCUUUAUAGCUGUGAAUAAUAAUUAACUCUUUACUUAUAAGUGCCAAAAGUUCAUCAGCCUUUCGUACGGUAUAUACGUUAUAUAUUUCGUAUUUUAUUUGUAUCUUGAAAAACUACGCAGUUUCUAAAUGUAAAUAACAAUGUAAAGUAUUUUUAUAGUAGAGUGAAAUUUAAAUACAUGGUGUGACAUUCAUUAUUCCUCUUGGUUAACGAAUUUUGUUUUUCAAAUGAAUUUUAAAAUGCAGUGGCCGAACAUAGUGGUAUCACUUGUAAAUACUAUUUAUUAAUACAUAAUGUGAGGUAUUACAUGCAUACAUAGUGUAUCUAAUUUAAAGUGUUGCUAAGAAACUGGCCAUGUUUAGAAGUUUAAUGGAAAAAUUCAAGCACUUACAAAAUUUCAUUACUUUGUCUGGAACUUAUGGUUGUAACUUGAUGUGUAUAAAUUUUUCUGAGAAUUAUGUAUAGAUUAACGUUUUUUACGUGACAGUAGUUUCAUAUGUUAUAUUAUAAAACCGAAUAGCCAAAGAUUA